GGAAACGUAUUAACUGUGAUGAUUUCACUGCAAAGAAAUAAUAACAAAUCAUCUGUCCACUCUUAAUCUACCAACACUUGCCAUCCUCGUAGGAUCAGCCACUUGAGCAAGCUAUAUAGACGGUGUGUCACAUAAGCUUUGAGAUUUGACAAUGACCUUCAGAAAGAAAAUAUAUUUACACUCUACCUUCGUAAUAUCCACCCAUACGCAGACUCCUCAAUGAAUAUACUGGCCAAACGGAAGAUGUGACAAAUACUCUGACUAAAGAUGACAAACUCCAUACCCAAACUCAGUUCAAUAGGCUACUCAAACUUGGAGGCCGAAAAGUUAAUAACAUGUUGGCAGCAAAGAGAGUUGAUAAAUGAUAAUGUACUAGUCAUGUCCCCUAUGUAACUUGAUCUUUGUUCACCAAUUAUUAUUUAUCAUUUUUUCUUGAUCCAACAUGUUAAUUUCUCAAGAAAUGCCUCCAAAAUUAAAUAUGCAUAUUGGUUUGCCUCCACCACAAAGCGGACAACAAAAAGAAAAAUAUAAAACCAGAACAACUUCGACUCGGCAGAACACAUUCCAACUGAAUUGAAGUGGUCCCAGUGUCUAGCGAGUUUCUGCAUAUAUAUAAGUUUUCAACCCACAUAACCAUUUUGGUUUUAAAUCAAUGGACGGAAACAAGCUCACCUCACAUGUGGCGGAUGAUAGCAUUUCGUAUUCAUUGGACUCGCUCUCUUUUAGUGGCCUUGUUUGUAUUCAAGACCACCAACCAAAGCUCCCUUCUCCUAACCGGGCUAAACACUACCAGGUAAGCAAGCAUGACCCAGAAUUUGAAUUUACUAGCACUAAAGCAAACUUGAAUUCUGCUGUCAAUCCAAUCAAGAUCACUCCUGCUGACCAACUAAUUUCCAAUGGUCGGCUUCAACCACAAGCACUGGCCAUCCAAACAAAUCAGUCUCUGCUCACAAAUCUACCCAGUUCCUCAAGCUCAUUACUAGCAACCCGUAGCAGCAGUAAGAUGCCAAGUGGUAGAACAGACAGCAAAAUGAAAUAUCACGAACAACUUAACAAAGCAAGCAAACAUACAAACAAGAAAAGCACGGUGACAAGGACAGGGUUUGGCCAGAAAAUGAAGUCUUUUCUAUCACCAUGCCGUGAAUGCCAAACCAUUAAGCAAGGUGCUGUUAAAGCACAAACUGUUCCAGGAGAAAAUCUCAAAAUUUACUGACAUAAGGUUUAUUUUCUGUGAUUCUCUCACGCAAGACCAGAAAAUGUAAUCAGGAAUCUAGAUUUAUGCAGUUAAAUAGUUGCUUAAAAGAAUACAAAUGGCAUGCUUCAUUUCAAUGUCAGUUACUACUGCAGUAAUGGCACCAAAUGAUCAACAUUACAAACCUGUACACUAAGGAUAAUUUCUAUCAUUGUUGUUUUAUUUGGUUGGUUAAGGCUAUAAAAGAUACUAUGUGCUUGUUUGAUCA